GCAUCAUACACGCGCACAUGCCAACAGUAACCUCUCAUUUAUCACUUCUUCUCUUCACGCGCUUUCUCUUGCAUUUGAAACUCACCUCACUGGAUCUUGGGUUCAUUGUUCCUCUUCACAGGCACCGAUCGCUUCAACUUCUAUUUUCUGCAUUUUGGUAUCUUUGAAUCGAUGCCCCAAUUGCAAAGAUACGAACUUUACUUGAGUUUAUGAGAUGGGUGUUGAACAACUUCGUUGUUGAGCUUGUUCCAUUUUUGGUUUCUUCAGAAGCUUCUUCUAUUUUUGUGCCAAAAUGAUCAACAGAACGCUUUUCCUCACUUACUUCUACUUGUUCAUCUAUAUCUUGCUUUCUUCUGGAGUUAUUUUGUACAACAAGUGGGUUCUCUCUCCAAAAUACUUCAACUUUCCUCUUCCCAUAACACUCACUAUGAUUCAUAUGGGCUUUUCUGGGGCCGUGGCAUUUUUUCUUGUUCGAGUCUUUAAGGUUGUAUCUCCUGUCAAAAUGACAUUUGAAAUAUACGCAACUUGCGUGAUUCCAAUAAGUGCCUUCUUUGCUUCCAGUCUUUGGUUUGGUAACACAGCUUAUUUGCAUAUUUCUGUAGCUUUUAUCCAGAUGCUCAAAGCUCUAAUGCCUGUGGCAACAUUCCUCGUGGCUGUUAUGUGUGGCACUGACAAAGCAAGGUGUGAUGUGUUCUUCAACAUGGUGCUGGUCAGUGUUGGAGUUGUCAUUUCCUCGUAUGGAGAAAUUCAUUUUAAUGUAGUCGGUACAGUUUACCAGGUCACGGGCAUCUUUGCUGAAGCUUUAAGAUUGGUCUUAACCCAAGUCCUUUUACAAAAGAAAGGCUUGAGUUUAAAUCCUAUUACAAGCUUAUAUUAUAUAGCUCCAUGUAGUUUUGUGUUUCUCUUUGUGCCUUGGUACUUGCUGGAAAAGCCCAUCAUUGAAGUGUCACAGAUUCAAUUCAAUUUUUGGAUCUUCUUUUCCAACGCUCUAUGUGCUCUAGCCUUGAAUUUUUCCAUUUUCUUAGUAAUUGGCAGAACGGGUGCGGUAACCAUCCGAGUUGCUGGAGUGCUUAAAGACUGGAUAUUAAUAGCCCUUUCAACCAUUAUAUUUCCAGAGUCUACAAUAACUUGGCUGAAUAUAAUUGGCUAUGCUAUUGCUUUAUGUGGAGUUGUGAUGUACAAUUACAUUAAGGUUAAGGAUGUGCGAGCGUCUCAAUUACCUAAUGAAAUUAUUCCAGAACGAAUUUCUAAGGACUGGAAAUUCGAGAAGAAGUCAUCUGAUAUUUAUGUGCCAGAUAAUGGUAGUAACAAUGGGGGAAGUGGAGGUAACGGUUCACCCUCUGAUGUGAACAUUGAUGAAGAAGCACCUCUAAUUUCUUCAUCAAGGUUAUCUCAUAUCGGACGAACGCAGCUGAGCAACCUUUCCUCUGGAAAAUGAUAACUCAAAUACAAGAUUCAUUUUAAAUCUUCCCUUUUUGGAA